UAACUGUGGCUUUUCUCUUUUCAAGUAACCGUUGCCUUCCUCCUCAUCACCCACCUCUAACCAAAAUCAAGUCCACUUCACACCAUCAUGCAUCCCUGAUGAAACUGAAAAAGAUGCGUCCAUUAACCUCUAUUAGCGCCACUUCCAAAAGAAACGAAGUGUGCCAUCAAACUGCACCUUUAACCGUCGCCACCACCACUUACACACGGUACCUUCUCCAUGAAAACCAUGCACAUGCCGUAACAGAUUUCAUUGCUCCUCCCACUCAAGCUCCUAAAGCAACCAGUGCUUGUACAAUAUAUCCUCACCUUUCUUCAUGCAUUCAUGAUACAAAAAGACUCACGAGUUUCUGCAUUAAUUGCGUCCUCCCUUGUCUCUCAGGGAGAACGGUAAGAAGAAAAAUAUGUCUCUGGCAAUGAAGCCCAGCUCUGAAGAAGCAGAAACUGAGCGUCAGGACCCGCUUCCUGCUUCUCCACCUCCUUCAGCUCGGAUUUUAAGAUGGCCCAAGGACCUGAAGAAGACGAUUUCUAGGGAGCAACGGAAAUUUUUACAGCUCGCCUUGCCCAUGUCAGCUAUGAACUUGGUCUGUCUGGCGAAGCUAACCAUAUCGACGGCGUUCCUCGGCCGGCUCGGUAGGCUUCACCUAGCCGGUGGAGCUCUUGCUCUAACCUUUGCCAACGUUACCGGUUUCUCGGUGCUAGCUGGCCUGGCUAGCGCAAUGGAGCCCAUCUGUGGCCAGGCCUUUGGUGCCAAGAACUUCAAACUACUCCACAAGACUCUCUUUAUGGCUUUCGUUCUUCUACUACUGGCAAGCAUCCCAAUUGCCGUCCUGUGGCUCAACGUGGAGAAGAUCCUCCUCUGUUUUGGCCAGGACAGAGAAAUCUCAAGAACAGCCCAGCGCUAUCUUCUUUACCUAAUACCAGACCUGGUGGCCACCGCAUUUCUCAAUCCUCUGAAGGCUUAUUUGAGUGCUCAGUGGAUCAUCUUUCCGGUGUUCCUCUGCUCUGUACUCUCCGUCUCCCUGCACAUACCUAUCAACAUCUUCCUCUCCCACUACCUAGGAGGCAUUCCAUCCAUUGCGCUAUCCAUCUGCUGGACGGAUCUCAACAUGGUAGUGCUCCUGUUACUCUAUAUCUUCACAAGGGCGGAGGGGCGACGGGACGAGUGCGGUGAGCCAUGGUGGUGGUGCUUGUGGGGGCAGUCUAUCCGCGACUGGGUGCAGCUCUUGCGCCUGUGUGCCCCUUGCUGCUUGACGACGUGCUUGGAGUGGUGGUGCUACGAGAUGCUGGUGCUGCUGACCGGACGGCUGCCGGACGCCCAGUGGGCAGUCUCCGUGCUGGCCAUCGUGCUGAACGCAGACAACUUGCUGUACUCGGUGAUGAUGUCGUUGGCAACGUCGGCGUCGACGAGGGUCGCGAACGAACUGGGGGCCAACCGGCCUCAGGGAGCGUACGAGGCCGCGGUUGUCGCCAUGGCGUCCAGCGCGUUUCUGGGUUGCCUUGGCGGGUCUCUGCUGGUGGCCAUCAGGCCAGUGUGGGGGAGGGUGUUCAGCAGCGACCCCGGCGUUGUGGAAGGAGUGAAGAGGAUGAUGGUGUUCGUGGGAGCUAUGGAGGUUGUGAAUUUCCCGAUGGCGGUCUCCGGCGGGGUUUAGGGGACGGCGAAGCCCACUUGGGCAGUGUAUGCAGAUAUUGGUGGGUUCUACUUCUUAGCGUUGCCGGUGGGCGUGGUGCUGGCCUUCAAGGUCGGGCUGGGCCUGGUCGGACUGCUCCUGGGGUUCUUGAUUGGAGUUGGGGCCUGCACCUUCUUCUUGGUGUUGUUGGUGCUAAGGGUAGAUUGGGUUGGUCAGGCCGGGAAGGCGCAGGACCUCGCCUGUGUUGCACAGAAGGACGGAGUAAGCCACUCUACAGCUUAAGACGGCCAAGAAAUGGGUUCAGUCUGGCCAUUCUUCCUGUUCAUGCAACCAGUCAGAUAGCUGUUGUGCCUCAUUUCCAAGCUUGAAUACGUGCAUGCGCCUGAUAAUGGCGGUACCCAAAUCGCUGACUCUUGUCCCAUCAACUAACUUUGCAAGAUCCUAUCAGACCUUCCGAUUGGAUGAACUCUUAUAAAAGGGCCUCAUGUUAUUGGCCUUCAUGUUUGCUCUUGUACAAAUCUAUUGCUCUUUGCUCUACUGUAUUAGUGUUUUUCCACUACCUUGUAAUUGACAUUCCACUUUAAUC